CGUCUGCGGCUGCGUCCCCCGAAAGACGAGGCUGCGCCCGGUUCCGGUCCGCAGGGAGACCGAAGGGCGCCGCUCCCCUCCCGCCCGCGCCCGGAGCCCGCGCCGACGCCUGGGAUGCCUGCGCCCCAGAGGACCCCAGCCCGUAGCUCCCACGCCUCCCCCAGGACCCCCGGGAGCAUGCUGCUGGCAGCCAUGAAGGGCCUUGGCCUGGCACUGCUGGCCGCCCUGCUGUGCUCUGCGCCUGCUCAUGGCCUGUGGUGCCAGGACUGCACCCUGACCACCAACUCCAGCCAUUGCACCCCGAAACAGUGCCAGCCCUCGGACACGGUGUGUGCCAGUGUCCAGAUCACCGACCCCAGCAGCAGCAGGAAGGACCAGUCCGUGAACAAGAUGUGCGCCGCCUCCUGCGACUUCGUCAAGAGGCACUUCUUCUCGGACUACCUGAUGGGGUUCAUUAACUCGGGGAUCCUGAAGGUGGACGUGGACUGCUGCGAGAAAGACCUGUGCAACAGGGCGUCCGGGGCGGGGGGCAGCCUCUGGGCUCUGGGCGGGGGGCUCCUGCUCAGUGUGGGGCCCCCCCUCUUCUGGGCGGGGCUCUGAGCUUCCCCUAGCCCGCGGCCGCCCCCCAGGGGGACUGGCCGGGCCAGGGACGUCUGGGCCCAGCCCGGCCUGGCCGUGAACUCCCGGCCUCCACCAGCUCCGAGCCCAGCCGGUGGCCAGCUCCGGGAAGCCGCGUCGGGCAGGAGGCUGGGCGAGGCGGCCGGGCCCCAGGUUUCCGAGGGAGGCCAGGCCCAGCCCUGCGGCCCGGCCCGGGUCGUCUUCUGCGGAGAAAUAAAGUUGCCUCGGA